GGUACCGGUAGUUAUUGCAAUUAUUUUUCUCCACGGGCUGCGGUACCGGUACCCAGAGAAUGGAAUAGCCAGUGUCAGAGCAAAUCAGUAUGAAUGCUUUUGUACUGUCACAACUGCAGUCCUGUUAUGAAAUUUAUAACGUUCGUUUUCGGCCCUGGAUGGAAGAGCGUUGGCGAUUCGUCAAGCCUUAUUUCAAUGUUUCAAAAACCGUCAUUUUUCAUGGGAUAGUAGUAUUCGUUAUUGCAGCCUUCUGUCUCUAUAUUUCUGCAUUCUUAUUCGGAGCUUUAUAUUUUUAUAACAUGCCCACAAUUUAUCAUUCGUUUGAUCUCAAUUUUCAAUAUAGUAGACAAUGUAUUCAACAACAUCGAAACUAUCUGCGUACUGGAAUUGGAGACACUGAUAAAAUGUAUAAAAAUGCAUGUUAUCCCAAAGCAAUGUUGGAUUUUGAUUCAAUUGUUAGCAAAAAGGUUCCACAACCUGAUCAGAAAUUUAUGGUUUAUUUAAUUCUUGACUUGCCGGAGUCACAAACUAAUCUUGACAUUGGAAUGUUUAUGGUGACAAUGAGAUAUGGAAGUUUAUUUUCAUCUCACCCAGUUUCUAUAAAAUACAGACCGUUUUUAAUCAGGCUUGCAUCCAUAGCUUUUUAUUGGCCGUUGCUGCUCUUUGAUUUGAUAGAAUCGAAACAGACGAUAACAGUACCGUUGUUUGAUGAAGCAAGAUUCAGCCAUGUUUCCAAGAUGGAUGUUCAGAAUUGUUUACGAGAGAAUGGCUCUACAUUUAAAGAUCAGUGUCAUCAUCGCAUAGUUGAAAUACAAAUUGAUUAUCCAGAUAUCCAAAUUUACUCGGCGCAAUUACAAGUUACUGCCAUAUUUUCUGGACUGCAAUAUUUUUUAUAUCAAUGGCCAGUAUUCUCUUUUUUGGUCGGCAUAGCAGUAUUUUUUGUUCCAGUAUUAGCUUCAAUGUUAGUAAUAUUUUAUAUUAUCCUAUGGAAUCCAUAUCAACGUAUUCAAGAAUACAUCGACAUAAAUGGGAUCCCCGCUAGAAGAUUACUUGGAAGGCGAAGAAGGAACAGGGAGGCAGUUAAUGACGAAGGUCCGCAAGAAUUACCAUUAGUGGAGGUUGUGGAAAAUGAGCAGAAUAGACCGAAUAAUGACGAAAGAGAACCAGGUAACAGAACAACAUCAUCAUUUACAACAUCAUCUAUUGAAGUAGUUGGACCACUAUUUUCUGAAGAUUUCAAGAAAAGUGGUGAUUCCAAAGAUGAUGAUCAACCUUCCACGUCUCAGUCAGAAAAUUUUGAUGAAACAAAUUCAGAAAGUGAAUUAAGAAAGAGGAAAUUAAAUUUCUGAUUCAUUGUUGAGUGUUGUUUGAUUUUUAUGAGUUGAAGAUCGUCAAUGUUUAAAAUGCAGGAAAUGAUACUGGAUGAUUAGAGAACUCUGUGUCUCAAAAUUGUUGUGUUCCACGCCUGUCCCCUUCUCAGCACAUAUAUCUCACGCCUGUCCCCUUCUCAGCACAUAUAUCUCACUUUGCUACACCUUUCACACACUUUCCUGAGUUAUGGAAGAUGUAUUGACUAAAGUAAGCAUACAAAGUGGAAUUCAUGCUAUGUUCUGGGUUAAGAUAGAUAUAUUACUUUGGCAAAUGGUGAAGUAUUUAUAUGAAGUGGAAUUCAUACAUUGAAACCCUUGUGGUGGAUUUUGUAAUAGAAUUAUUUAUAUAUCUUUUCUAUUCGCUAGAGCAUGUUUUAACAUGACUCAUUGAUGUGAGAAUGAAACUCAUAUCCUUAAUUAAUAUUUUAAAGCAAUUCGAAUAUCAGUGUUUUGAACUGUGCAUUAGUGCUGGAGGAAAUGUGCAGGGACAUUGUUCACUUUAUAUGUGCAGGCUAUAGCGGUGUAUUUUAAACUUUGAUUUCAAUUUCUCCUUAUUAAUUUUUUUUUGUUAUCCUGUAAUUUAUUGGCGACUGUGGACUCCAGGCAAAUCCAACGUCUAUGCACUUAUCUUUAUGGAAUGUUUUGAUUUCAUUUUUUUUCUUUUUACAAAAAUUUCUACCAAUUAUGUAAAUAAAUAUGUUUAUGUAGGCAUAAGUACAAAAAAACUUAUUUUUUUGUUUCAUGUGCGAUUUAAUAAUGCGCCCAUUUAGUCGUGACCCUACUAGAAUACUGGGAUAUAAAUCUGCUUAGUAGUUACAGUAGCUGACUGUGAAAUGGAAAUGUCGCCACAGAAGAUGUCGGUUAUAUGGCUUGCAACUCUUACUUUUUCCGAACCGUGGCACUGUCGAGCCAAACUUUCGGUUAUAAAAGGCAUAUUACAUUUAAUUAUCUACCUAAAAUUUGCUGUUUUUUCAUGUGCAACUCUUUUUUUUAUUCUGUUAGAGUUAUCCACUGACCCCUCCAGCAAACGGUUUGCUCUUAAGUCUUUUUAGUAACGGUAAUGAUGCGCAUCCUAUAAUUUAAGUACUACUUGCUUGAUUUUUAUAGAUUUUUUAUUUGAAAAUUGCGUAAAAAGUAUUGCCUGAUUCUGAAUCGCGUUCACUCUUUUGUGUGCUUUUUUAGGCGCUCCAGAAGUAUAUGCAUCAGAUGGCACACAACCUGAUAACUCUAACCUGGUGCACAUACUAUGUUCAGGCUGUGCGCCAUCUUGGUGCACAUACUUCGGAAGCACCUUUUUUUGUGGGUGGGCGUAUUUUAACUUUAUUUUAAGUUAUGCUCGCCUCCCAGGUAUCUCUGCAUUUUGUUUGUCUGUUUACUUUUUGUGUUGUUUAUGUCAGAGAACCGAAAUAAAAUGAUGGUUUCCAUUUGCCACAACAUACUUGUGCGAGUGCGCCUUUGGGCUUUUCUUCAGAAUGAACGUCGGUGUGGCAGCACAUAUGCACCCAUAAGCUUCACCCAGUGACGUCACAUUUGCACCCGUUGACUGCACCCAAGGUAUUUGCACCUGUAUACAGAUUGCACCCACGGACAUUUUCAAAUUUGUCUUAUCUGCGUUGAACGAACUGACGUUUUGCAAAAAAUUAUGAAUAUCACUGACGCCUCCACCACCCUACAACAGAAGGAAAGCAGCGAUCCUCUUGCGCUGAUUCAUCUAUUUUUCGUCUGUAGUGCUAUUUAAAUUUGCUGAAAUUCUGCAACACCAAUAGCUAGUGGCUUCCAAGUUUAAUAUUUUACGUCGUUCAGUCUCACUUCAUUUUUUAAACGUAGUAUAAUGGGGGAAAUUAAGCUAUAGUAUAUAAGGUGAGAUUCUUAAUCGGCGCUUUUAACCACUGAUAUAUAUAUAGUAUGAAAUUCCCUUUGCAAGAAACUGGCAUGCUUGUUUCCAUGAGGUUUCAAGGUUUAUGUUGUGUUUGUAUAAUUAUCGCAAAGGAGAGAAAAGUAUUUGUGUGACGCGCUGCGGCCUUUGCCAGAUUAUCACUCCACGCACUGAUGUAUGGAUUUAUUCGUGCAAUGUUUAAGAUUUCCACAUUGCCACCAGUCUGCUGAAUACUCACAUCCACUGACAACCAAUAAAUUUAUGAGCCACUUUAAUAUUACUUUUUGGUUAAAAUUUUUUGUGGCAGACGCAUAUCAAGCUGCGGUAGUAAGGUAAUAGAAUGUGAAAUAAAUUAGCCUAUGUUGAUUUGCUA